GAGAGAGAGAGAGAUAGGGAGCGAGAAAGAGGGGAGGUAAAAAAUUAAACACCGCGGAGCAGCAAAGGGUGAGGUCUGCCGGGCUCAGUCAGCAUAGACAGAAAAACAGCCACAGUCAGGCUGGUUUGUUUGUCUCUGCUAUGAAGUAAGGAGCCCUGCGGUCUGCGGGACGCAUCUGCUCACUGCUGCAUCUCUUCUCGGUGAAGGAAGCUGAAGGACCUUAGAACCGCAUCCAGCGGAAUGGAGAGCUGCUGCUGACUGUGGAGCUCCCCUCAUAACAACAGGUCAUUUUCUUCCAGCUAUUCUUCCCCUUAAAUCUUUCAACAAACGACAAAGAGCUGGAGCCGAGACGGUCAAGCAUGGAUGUGCCCAGGAUGGCCGAGGGCCUCUUCAGCAGCACGCUGUCCUCGUCGGGUGGUGGCCAUCAUGUCCCCUCCUACCUGACGUUGGAGCAAAAGGCGGCAUUUGUCUUUGUGCUGCUGCUCUUUAUCUUCCUGGCGCUGCUCAUCGUGCGCUGCUUCCGCAUCCUGCUCGACCCUUACCGCAGCAUGCCCUCCUCCAACUGGACAGACCAUACUGAAAAAGACACCUUUGAUUACCGCAUUGUUUGAGGAAACCAAACACAUUAGGAACAUUUUUUUAUUUCAUUUAAUUGAUGCUUACAAAGCACUUUGACCCUAAGUUCAAAUGACUGUUCAUUCACUUGGGAAACUGACGUUUUUUCUGAGUUCUGAAAGUUCAGAUUGAUUAUAGGAUCAGUGAUUAGUUGUGAUCAGUCUAACAGCUUCUUUCUACCAAACCGUACGGUUCUCGGCCAAUAGAUUCACACCAGAUCCAUAAUUUGAAGCAGAUCGUCGCUCCUCUUACUGAAAUAAUAAGAGCCAUUAAGGGUUCAGACAGGAAGUAAAGUCUGAUACUAAGAAGCUAGUUAUGCUCAAGUCACUAAAAUAGACUUUGGACUUGACUUAGACUCGUGCUUUUAGGACUUGACUCUGAUGGAAGGUCUCAAACAAUUUUUGUCUUAUUUCAUUAUGGGUGACAUCGGCCUAUCAAGUGUUGAUUGGCUGAGUCACAGUAUAUCCUGAUAAAGACUGACUAACAUAAUAAUUUAGCACAGAUUGAAAAUACCUUCUUUGCAUUAUUUAUGAACAAAAGGAGUUAAAUAUUGCAUUUGAUUUAUGAAUACAGUACCGUUGACAUAUUGUGGGUUUUUAAGAGUUCACCACUACCUGUUUGUGUUUGUUGCAGAACCAAUGAACUCUGAAAUGACUUAACUUAGGCGUGAAAUAAUUCUCUUACAAACAUCAAUUUAAGGACCUUCGUGGUUCAUAAGAAGACAAAAGCACUCCCUGUUCGAUUCAAUUGGAAAUUUUGAGAACAUGAACCUUUUUUACCUAAUUUUUUUUUGCCUUUCUUUGAAACAAACAUAUUUGUAUUUUUAAUGGGAAAACAUUUUGACCAACUGAUUUUCAAAAUGAUAAAAUGAUAAAUAUUUUUUGCAUAGUUUGAUUGAAUAGUGCAAAAUAACAGGCUUCAGAGUAAUGAUUUUAACUCAUAAGCUAAGGCAGGUCUGUAUUUAGGACAUAUCACUGCAUGGAUCCUGUGUUAAUAUCGGUCAUUAGAAACUAAAGCCUAUUUCAUCAAAGCCUGGAGAUUUGAUUUGCAAUGAAAGACUUGAGACGUGACUUUGACCUACACUUCAGAAACCUUAUUAAGACUUGGAAAAAUAUGACUGUGGAACUCUCUGCAGCUCACAAAAGCUUUCCUCCCUCCAUCUAUUCUUUUGUGGACUACCUCACUUCUCCGUCUCAUGUAUGAAGGUUUUUCUUCACAGCUUACACAGGGUCCAGUGUUUUUGAUAAACAAUCCAGAUUAAAUGGUGGCAGUGUUUACAUCUGACAACGUUCUAGAAUUUUUAUGGAUAAUGUAGACAAUCAGUGUUUAAACUAGUUUGAAAAAAAGCGCGGUCUGACUAGUUUGGGUUGUUGAGGUCAUUUUUUAAGAGUAUUUUCUUAAUUUGCAAAGAGGUUUGAAAGACUUAUGCAUGAUAUAAACCAGACAGAGAGGAAAUAUUUUGUCUAAUUCUAAAUAAGAUACAGAAAGAUUAUUGAGGAUCAUAAACAAGUUUCGGAAUCAUAAGGAAGACAGUUUUGAUUGAAAAGGUCCCUUUAAUGCUUAGGAACGAUUUGUGACUAGUGCCAGCAGUGAGUUACUUACUGUUAUGUAUGUGUCAUGGGAAAGAAGAAAAAUAGCUGAACUCUGUUUCCCUUUGGUAAAGGAGAUUUUUUUGGUUUGAAUUUAGUGAUAAACAACCAAAACAUGGGUUGAAGUAAAAAGAAACAUUUACUGUGCUGUACUGUGUGCCUAACUUAAAAUAUGUUUUAGGUGAAGGAGUGUAAUGGGUUCAUAUUUUGUUCUGCUUUUUUUAAAUUAUAUUGCUUUUCUGUUGUUUGUAUAAAUGGGUGCGUGCAUUCGUGUGUGAUGGCCAUUAAAAAAAAAAAAAAA